GUGCUGUGUCCGCGCAUGCGCAUUGCGGCCCGCACGCCGCUCUAUUUAAUUGCCCCCGCGCGGAACUGCCCCCGGCAGAGGGCGGCGAGCGAGCGAGCGAGCGGUCCGGUGUCUACCCGCGCACACGGCGCACUUACACCGCUCCCAUCAUCUCUCAGCAGCUCUCGGCUGUCUCCUCGCCGACCUCUCCCGUCCGCCGCCAUGGGAUCCAAGGCGUCGUCGCUGCUGCAGGACGAGGAGAUCGAGGAGAUCAAGCGGGAGACCGGAUUUACGACGAGCCAAAUAACCCGCCUCUACAGCCGCUUCACCAGUCUGGACAAGGGGGAGAAUGGUACCCUCAGCCGAGAAGACUUCUUGCGGAUUCCGGAGCUAGCCAUAAACCCUCUUGGUGACAGGAUCGUCAAUGCCUUCUUUAUAUACGGGGAGGACCAGGUAAAUUUCAGGAGAUUUAUGGCCACACUGGCACACUUCCGUCCCAUGGAUGGACAAAAGAAUGGCGAGGCAAACGAAGCACUCAACAGCCGCUCCAAUAAGCUGAAAUUUGCUUUUAAACUCUAUGACCUGGACAACGAUGAUAAGAUAUCCCGCCAGGAGCUGCUCCAUGUGCUGCGAAUGAUGGUUGGGGUGAACAUCUCUGAUGAACAGCUGGGCAGCAUUGCUGACAGGACCAUCCAAGAGGCAGACCAGGAUGGUGACAAUGCCAUUUCCUUCACCGAGUUUGAAAAGGUCCUCGAAAAGGUGGAUGUGGAACAGAAGAUGAGUAUUCGCUUCCUUCAUUGACACUGGAGAGUUGGGGUGGAUGUAACUGCACUUCCAAGUUAUGCUACGUUGGAAGUGUGCGAUUUUUCAUCUUAUCCCUGGCUCAAUCUAUUUGCAAAUUUAAUUGUUCUCUGGCACGCAUUUUUUCAUGGACAAUCUGCUGUAAAUUGUAAGGCGUGUUUGCCGCACUUCCAUGGCAAGCUUAGUUCGUGCUGGAAUCUGCCUGAGCAGGACCCAGGUGAAUUCCAUCAGUCCCUCCAUGCCUCCCUAGGUGAUCAUGUGACCUGAGUUGCGGUUGCAUCUGGACGCUAUAUGAACCAAAAUUUUAUUGUUUCACUUGUCUCAAUCAAAUUAAGCUGUUUGGUCGAAAAAUACAUGAAAGUAUACAGUUACUUAUCCAAGGCUAUUGUAAUAUACCCGUUUCUAAAUAAAAAAAAAUACUGUACGGUUUUUUUGCCACCCUAUGUAAUGGCCAGUAAACUCCCCUACAUUGCUAAAUGCCUGCCCAGCUAAAGAUGCACACUCCCAGGGUUCCUUGGCCUUUGUGGAGUCGAGCGGAUGGGUCGCUGAGGUGUGGAGGGAGGAGGGGAGGGACUGAGGCUCUGUAGUCUGUGAGCAUGGCUACGGACUGGCUGUGGAAAUGUGGCUUAUACUCCUUUUUGUGCUGUUCCAAAAAAAGCACUGAUUGUUGGAUUAUGAUUGCCUUUAAUGCCAUAGCACUCGUAUAUUAGUGUCUUAAUCAAGUUUUUAUUUUAUUUUUCGAUUUAAAGCUUUCGUGACUGCAAGGAUUCAUCUUCUUUGGUUCUUUCGGUAAAGUCACGUAGAAUAAGAAUAAAUUAAUAAAAUAACACAAUAAAAUUC